CCAGACGAGGAGUAUAAAUAAGAGGUGCUUGCUUACAUGUGGUACGUGAAAGCCUGAAAAACUCACAAAACCAAAAUCUACAAUUAUUCAUAAUCAAAACCUCUUUCUUUCUCUUUUCACUUACCACUUAUUUUUUUUUUAAAAUGGCUGAGAAUGGCUCGCUUGAUGAGUUCCUCGCCUCAGCUGUUGAUGCAGCCAAGAAAGCCGGCGAGAUAAUUCGUAAAGGAUUCUAUCUAACCAAACAUGUGGAGCAUAAAGGCCAGGUGGACUUGGUCACAGAAACUGACAAGGCAUGUGAAGAUCUCAUUUUUAAUCAUCUUAAGCAACUCCACCCCACACAUAAGUUUAUUGGGGAGGAAACUACUGCUGCAUGUGGUGUUACAGAGCUGACUGAUGAACCUACAUGGAUAGUCGAUCCCCUAGAUGGAACCACCAAUUUUGUUCACGGGUUCCCCUUCGUUUGUGUCUCCAUUGGUCUCACAAUUGGAAAGGUACCCACAGUUGGUGUUGUUUACAAUCCAAUUAUUGAUGAGCUUUUUACUGGCGUUCUUGGCAAAGGUGCUUUUCUGAAUGGAAGUCCUAUUAAAGUAUCUUCUCAAUCUGAACUUAUGACAUCUCUCCUUGCAACUGAGGUUGGAACCAAACGUGAUAAGGUGACUGUAGAUGCUACCACAAACAGAAUUAAUAGCUUACUUUUCAAGGUGAGAUCUCUUCGGAUGAGUGGCUCCUGUGCAUUGAACCUCUGUGGAAUUGCGUGUGGAAGACUUGAUCUAUUUUACGAACUCGGCUUUGGGGGUCCUUGGGAUGUGGCAGGAGGCGCAGUUAUUGUGAAAGAAGCUGGGGGACUUGUAUAUGAUCCAUCUGGUAAGGACUUUGACAUCACAUCUCAACGAGUAGCUGCUUCAAACCCCCUUCUUAAGGAUGCAUUCCUUGAAGUCUUGAAGGCUUAAAUCAACCAGAUUGAGACACCUAUUAGAUGGAAACUGCAUGUGUCUCCAAUGUUAAAAUGCAUCUCAUGUAGCAGUGAGCAGUUAUGUCAUUUGUUUGUAAGAACAGAUAAUAUUUGUAUUUAAUUUUUUCAAAUUUCUUAUCUGGCAGUGCCAAAUUAUUUUAGAACACAUUCAAAAUAAUUCAUUAUUGGUAAUAAAUAGUGCAUUGCAGCA